AUGGCCAGAUCCGUUUCUCGAACACGCAAAAGCUCGUCGAAGUCGCCGGCACGAGUGAAAAAGAUGACUUCAUCGCCAAAAUCUGAACCGAAGCAAACGAUGCCGUCGUCGCCAAAACUUUCACCGAAGCAAGUAAUAAUGUCGUCGCCGAAAACUGAACCAAAGAAGAAGAAAUCCGAAAAAAUCAAAGUGAAAACCAGAUCAAGGUCUGCUAGUAAGGGACGUAAGGAGAAACAAAAGUCAUCAAAGAAGAGCAUCAGCAGAUCGCGAUCUCGUCCGCGUCCAGCAAAGAAAUUGUCUCCGCUGAGAAUGCCUUCGCCAGGAAAACAGGAAGAGCCGAAAACUGCCGUAGUGAAGACAUCGUCAGUCAAAACUCCUUCGACAAAGACACCAUCAGCUAAGACUCCUUCGAUGAAGACACCGUCAGGCAAAUCCCCGACAACGAAGGCGCCAGUACAGAGGAAACGAUCAGUGACUCGCAGUCAGGCUGCUCCAAAAACACCAUCGGACAUUAUUUCCUCAUCGACCACCACUUCAAGCGUGCGACCUUCGCGUAGCACUGAAAGGAAGUACUUCUCGUCCACGCCUUACGAUUACGAAAUGCGACAGCGAUUCCUGAGACCUGAAAGUUCCAGUCGAUCACCUGUUCAGGUCACGUCGAGAAGGUCCACGGCGCCGUCUGCUAUCACCAAACUGUUUAAUCGCACGUGUGGUACAGUUUGUGCCGCUGGUCGCUCUGUUCGUAAUGCUUCCCGUGCUGCUUGUCAAUCCGUGGUAUCAAAUCGACGCGAAAUCUUCGUAACGUUAGGUUUGAUGGGAUUUGUCACUCUCAUCACAUACUUCGUUCUCUACAGCGAUCCCGCAAAAACGCGCGCUUUCAUUCACUCGAUUCCUGGUAGAGUUAAAACAUGGUACCACCAAGUUGUUGUUCGUAAGUGA